AUGGUGCCUGUAUGGAAAAAUAUCAGAGAGAUUAGGCUAUGCGUUUACUUUCGUAAUCUCAAUAAGGCGUUAGAAAAGGACAACUAUCCCCUGCCUUCUUUGGAUGAGGUAUUGCAAAUUGUAAAUGGUUCGCAAAUCAUGUAUUUCCUUGAUGGCUAUUCGAGGUACAAUCAAGUGCUGGUCAACUAUGAAGAAAUUGUCAAACCAUUGAAUGAGAUGAUGAAGAAAGAUGCCGAAGUAGAAUGGAAUGAUGAAUCUAAGGAAUCAUUUUCUCAGAUAAAGAAAUCGAUUUUAGAAGCUCCUGUAUUGACAAGCCCUGAUUACACUUUACCAUUCUACAUAUAUUCAUUUUCUUCUUUGCAUUUUUGUGUUGUUGUUCUAACACAAAGAAAAGGAGGUGACGAAAAGACAAUUGCAUCCAUGAGUUCACCUUUUAAAAAUGCUGAAGUAACAUACUCUACUCUUGAGAAGCAGGUUUUCGCUUUGGUGAGAGCAGUUAAGAAAUUUAUAUACUAUAUCUUGAGGAGUAAGAUAUAUGCAAUUGUGCCAGAUAAAGUAGUUAAGUUGUUGCUAAUGCAGACAGAGCUAGGAGAGCAUCGUGGGAAGUGGAUGACUAUUCUACAAGAUUUUGAUCUGGAGAUGCAUCCUAUGAGAUUGGUAAGGGGUCAAGGUUUAUCACAGGUUAUGGCAGCAGACACUCCUCACAUCCAAUGCCAACAAUACACUUUGGAGUCAUUCACUCAGGACCCUUGA